UCGUAUGGCGUGUAUAAGGCAUUCCUGCGAUACCUAUACACGGGUGAGGUAUGUGUGGCACCGGAGGCUGGGAUCGAGUUAUUAGAUUUGGCCGAAUCUUACUGCGAGACUGACCUCAAGUCAAAAUGUGUCCGACUUAUUCGCACCGGUAUUUCAGUCGAAAACGUUUUAACGAUUUAUUCGGCUGUCCUUAAGUACGAGAUCCCGGAGCUCGAGGACCUGUGCUUUACAUACGCGUUGACACACUUAACACAAUUGACACAAACCAAGGCCUUUAAGGACAUGGAUCCUAUAAUUUUCAAGGACUUUAUUAUUAAGGCCUCCAAAAAGGAUACUGGAGACUGUAUUUGUAAGGAUGGCUAUCAAAUGGACACUAUUAAUGGCGACACAUGUGUCCAGACAUCCAAAACCUAUCAUAAGGUGUGCACUACUGAAUACAGUUGCAAUGGUGCAGAGGUAUGCUUUAACUCCCGGUGCGAGUGUCUCCUCAACUACCGCCAUAACCAGACAUUAGGCGCGUGUCAGCACUUCGAGUGUCAGACCGAUACUGACUGUCAGACCCCUUACCUACCGGUCGGCAAAUGUCUGUCCAACGUAUGUGUCUGUCCGGACGGGUACUCCUAUUACGAGAGAAAUUGUUACCUCAAGUCCAAGACAUACGGAAAGUCGUGUUCAUCCAAAAGCGACUGUUCCGGCACUACAGAGCGCGAUGAGCGGUGUGUGGACAGUAGGUGCGAGUGUCAAGUGGACAGGUAUUAUCAUUUGGAUAAAUACCGGUGCGAAGCGUACAACUGCUCGACCGGUACGAUCCUGGGCUGCGGUCGAGAGUCUGAUUCGUUCAGACACUGUAGUAAUGGUCGGUGUGUUUGCGAUGAUAACUAUGACGAGGACAGGGAUAAUGGCAACAAAUGCACCCGUAAUUGGACCUUGGUGUAUAUCCUAGUACCCGUUUGUCUUGUUGGUGGCCCAUUGAUUGGCACCGCACUGGUAUGUCUGGUGGGCGCCCGCCGACACAUACGCAAAGAGGAGGUCGAGAAAGAAUUCAAGUCAUUUAAGGACAAAUUUACCGUCAAAUACGACACCGCAGAGGAGCACGCGAAACGUCUGGCAAUAUUUGAGGAGAAUUAUCGGGGAAUUGUGGCGCAUAAUGAGGGCGCGGAUCAGGGCUUGAAUUCGCAUCGCCUGCGCGUCAAUCCGUUCGCCGAUCUCACGAACGAGGAGUUUAACGCACAGAUGAAGGGCUAUCGCCCGCCGGCGCGCAAAAUGGGCGCCGGAAUGCAGACCGUGUUCAGUGAGGAGGUUUUAGGCGGUGCGGCGCCCACUCAACUACCGGCCACUGUCAACUGGACCGCACAGGGCUUAGUAACACCGGUUAAAUAUCAGGGACAA